GGAAACCAUUGGCGGCCGCUAUUCUUUACAAUAAUAAUCUAUCAUUCACAUGAAUAAUAUAUAGAUACACUAUAAUACUAUAUUAGCAUGAAUAUUUACAAGAUUCUAUAUUUUAGUAAAAGAUUAUGGCAACAAAAAAUCACAGCAGUAAACAUAUAUCCAUCUUAUUCAUCACUGUUUUUAUUGGUGGAGCAUUCAUCUUCAGUUAUUUAUGGACCUCUUCUUCUUCCACUGUUUACACACCAUUUCGCUUUGUAACCCUAAACCCUAAUUUCUUCAAUGACACCAAUAAGAUAGUAGAUAUUAAAGUUCAAAAGGAUGAGAGGUUAUUAUCAGGAACUUUUGCGGAUUUACCUGCCCCCGAAAUCGAAUGGGAAGAGAUGGAACCGGCACCUGUUCCACGUCUAGACGGUGCUUCAAUACAGAUCAAUGAAUUGUUUUACGUGUUUUCUGGUUAUAGAACACUUGACCAUGUACAUUCUCAUGUUGAUGUUUACAAUUUCACAAGCAAGAAAUGGGGAGAAAGCUUUGCUACACCAAAACAAAUGGCUAAUUCUCAUUUAGGAAUGGCGACAGAUGGACGCUAUAUAUAUGUUGUUUCUGGGCAACAGGGUCCUCAAUGUCGAACUCCUCCUGUUGCUGAAACGUUUGUGCUGGAUACUCAAACAAGAAACUGGGAACCGUUUCCUCCUUUACCAGAACCUAGAUAUGCUCCGGCAACUCAAGUUUGGAGGGGUAGGCUUCAUGUGAUGGGAGGUGGAAAGGAAAACCGUCAUACGCCUAGUACGGAUCAUUGGAGUAUUGCAGUGAAGAAUGGCAAAGCAUUAGAAAAAACAUGGAGGAAAGAAGUACCAAUUCCUCGUGGGGGUCCACAUAGAGCUUGUAUUGCUGUCGGAGAUCAGCUCUAUGUUAUUGGUGGUCAAGAGGGUGACUUUAUGCCCAAACCAGGGUCACCUAUCUUCAAGUGUUCACGCAGGCAUGAGGUAGUUUAUGGUGAUGUUUAUAUGCUGGAUGUUAAGAUGAAAUGGCAUACAUUGCCAUCUAUGCCAAAGCCCGAUUCACAUAUAGAAGCUUCAUGGGUAAUUUGUAACAAUUCAAUCGUGAUUGCGGGAGGCACAACAGAGAAAAAUCCCGUGACAAAGCGAAUGAUAUUGGUUGGAGAGCUGUUCCAGUUUGAUCUUGACUCAAAGAAAUGGCAUGUGAUCGGUAAACUUCCUUAUCGUGUGAAAACUACACAAGCAGCAUUCUGGAAUGGAUGGUUCUAUAUCACAUCUGGUCAGCGAGACAAAGGACCUGAUAAUCCACAACCAAAAAAAGUUGUAGCAGACUUGUGGCGAACCAAACUGAGCUGCUAAAAAGAUCGUUUUCAACUUUUUGAGUUCCAACAUUUUUUGCUUACUUCAUUAUUUUACUAAAUAGCUUGAUCUAGAGAAAUUUUUUUCCCAAUUGACAGUUAACACAUUCGGUGUAGGAUGUAAAUGAGUAUAGUCUCGCCUGUUUUUUAACAAAUAUAUUAGACAAUGUAGAUAACGUUUGUUUU